CGCGACUAUCGUCAGAGUGAAAAGGACGAGAAAAUAUUUUUAAUUUAGAUUAUUGGAUUAAUCAACAAAAUUUGGAGUUAAAUUGAUGUGUUAAUUGGUGUACAUAUAAGGAGAAUCCAGAAUGUGCACGAAUAUAUUGUGAAAAUAGUUCAAGUACAAUAAAAAAUUCAAAAUUUCCAACUUCAACGAGUGCAAGAAAAAAUCUAAAAGGAAUCCAUUUUUCCUUUUUCCUUAGCACAGAGAAAAUAGAGAAAAUUUUUUCUUUCAUUAAUUUUUCCCUAAGAGUUGAAACUUUAGUUACACAUAUUUUAUUAGAAAUACUGGAUUUUUUUUAAAGUGAAUAUUAUAGUGUGAAAAAAUGGCUCCAGGUUUAGAAAGAGUAUUAGUGAAGCGUCAAGCUGGCACACAAGCUGAUGAAGAUGAGUACUUGGACGAGGAGCAAAGAUCAACGACGCUGGGUACACAUAUUUUUGGUAAACAUCUGCACAAAGUUAGAAUUACAACACCAUCGACCACCACAGAGUUAGAAGAAGAGGAAUCAACUGCAGAACCGACGAAAUCGAUUGUAUCUAAGAGUGUAGAUAUUGGGAUGAAUGCAGCAAACGUUAUAGGCGAUAAGACUGGCAUACCACCAUGGGGAGUCGUAGCAAUCUUUAUUCUCAUCGCACUUAUUAUCCUCGGCAUAUGUGGAUUUUGCAUUCGACGUUGCUUCCGUAAACGACGCUCUAAAGAUGGAAAGAAGGGAAUGAAAGGCGUUGAUUUGAAAUCGGUACAGUUACUUGGAUCUGCUUAUAAAGAAAAGGUCCAGCCUGAUAUGGAAGAAUUGACUGAUAAUGCUGAAGAGCAAGAAGAUGAAGGCAGCAAACAAAGUGAACAGAAACUUGGAAAAUUGCAAUAUAAACUGGAAUAUGAUUUCAACUCAAACAGUUUGGCUGUUAGUGUUAUUAAAGCCGAAGAAUUGCCUGCACUUGAUAUGGGAGGAACAUCGGAUCCUUACGUUAAGGUUUAUUUACUUCCUGACAAGAAGAAAAAGUUUGAAACAAAGGUGCAUCGAAAGACUCUCAAUCCAGAAUUUAAUGAGACAUUUGUGUUCAAGAAUUUGCCGUAUGCUGAGGCAAUGAAUAAAACUUUGGUGUUUGCCAUCUUUGAUUUCGAUCGAUUCUCAAAACACGACCAAAUUGGUGAAGUAAAAGUUCCACUGUGUCAAAUUGAUUUGGCUCAAACUAUUGAAGAAUGGCGUGAAUUGCAAAGUGUUGAAGGCGAAGGUGGUCAGGAAAAGUUGGGUGACAUUUGCUUCUCAUUGAGAUACGUUCCAACGGCUGGCAAGUUAACUGUCGUAAUAUUGGAGGCAAAGAAUCUGAAGAAGAUGGACGUUGGUGGAUUAUCAGAUCCAUAUGUUAAGAUAGCAAUUAUGCAGAAUGGAAAGCGUUUAAAGAAAAAGAAAACAAGUAUCAAGAAAUGUACAUUGAAUCCAUACUACAAUGAGUCGUUUUCAUUUGAAGUACCAUUCGAACAAAUACAAAAAGUAAAUUUGGUUGUUACAGUUGUUGACUACGAUAGGAUCGGUACAUCGGAGCCUAUUGGGAAGGUUGUUCUGGGAUACAAUGCAAGUGGCACAGAAUUAAGACAUUGGUCAGACAUGCUUGCAUCCCCGAGGAGACCUAUUGCUCAAUGGCACACACUUAAAGAUCCAGAAGAGGAAAUGCCUGGAGAUAAGAAAUAAACAGCCUGAUAAUGUGCGUAGAUAAUAUUUUCAAGAUAAUAUGCAUAAGUAAAUACUAAUUAUAAUGAAAAUUAUGAUGUCUGUGCAUAAUAUCAUGUGCAAGAAGUUAUGAAAUAAACGGAAAACAUAAAGUGCUAAAAAUGCCAUACUUAACGGGAUAUAAAUAUUUUUGACUCUGAUGAAUACAUAUUAUUCAUUUUUUGUUGUUUCAAAUAUUUAAAAAAAAAAGCUAUGAAAAGGAAGAAAUUUUCAUUUAAUUUCUUUCUCUUUCAUACGAAGAAAAUCUUAAGAUCAAGUUUUAAGCAAAUUUUUCUCUUAAUCUUUCUCAUAUAGAUGAAAGCAAAAAAAAAAACAAAACAACAAUGAAUAUCCCUAUUCUAACUUCUUGAUAAUAUUUAAAGAAAAUUAUAUAAAAAAAGUUUUAAAAUCUCUUUAAAAAUAUAUAAAUAAUGAAAAGUAUAUAUCAAUAAUUUAUAAAGUGAGAAAAUUAAUCUAGUGACAUAUAAAAUGAGAAAUGAAAGUUUACGAAUAAAAAUUGCCACACACACACACGCAACAUAAAAAUUAAAUAUAUAAUAAAAAAAAAAAGUUUAUAUAAAUAUUAUAUAUUGAAAUUUUAAUUUUACUGAAAAACUAUUGCGUGUAUUGGUAAAUUGAAAUAAUUUUUUUUAUUAACUGAUUUCUAGUAGCUCAUUUUUUUUUUUAAAAAAAUGAGGAAUUAAGUGAUCUCAGAAGUAUAAACAGUUUUCUGAAUAAACAUUCAGGAUCGUUUCAAGACGUCUACUUUUGUUAUUUUCCAAUAAAGUCACAAAAAUCUAAAUUAAAAAUUUAAAUUGGACAAAAUUAGUAACAGUUUCAAAUACAUCAUUAAAAAUAGAAAUAAACAAUUAAAAGUUUUACAAAAUUUUCUUGUUCAUUCUCUUCGAAAGCACGAAGACAAUUAUGUAACAGAUGAGAAUCUUUAAAAAUAUAACUUUCGUAAUAUCUCUCAAAAUUAAGCAUUUCAAGCUCAAACUAAUGCAAACAAUUUUUUCUAAAGAAAGUCCAAUAAAUACAACAUUAAAGGUAUUUUAAAUUUACAUUAAAGUUAUCUCAAUUUACCAAGUCUUGUAAUAAGAAUACAUACAGAGAAAAGAAUUUUUAAAAAAAGAUCAGGGGACUUUAGAGAACAAACAAAUAAGCAAACAAAAAACAUAAUAAGAACCCUUUGUUUUCCUUCUCCUACGCCUAUGUAAUGCGUUUGAGAAUAAUCAAUGCCUCUAAAUAAUUGAUAUCUUUACAAAACUGCGUAUCGAAAAAGCGUCGUAAAUGAUUUUUUCUCCUCAUUUUCCUCUCAAUGUUAUUUUCUUCUGUUACAUUUUGUUAUUAAUUGAUGAUAGUUGAUAUAUUUAUAAAUAUAUGAAGAAUCCCAAUAGUACACCAACUUACUUAAAACAAUACAAUGCGCAGUGAAACGAAAAUCUAUUAAGAACAAAAAUAGUAUGAAAUUUGUAAAUUAAAAUGAAUAAAAAAAAAAUCAUCUCUUAUUGAAGUAUUUAAUUAUGAUUAUAAACAUAACAUAAAUAGAAUGAAGCAAAGAUGAGUAUUCGCUGUAAUGAAUUGUAGGUGAUCGUACGAUAAUCUAUUUAAUUAAUAAGUAGUUUUGAAACGAAAGAAAUUAAAGAAAUAUCAUGAAAAUUAACUGAAUGAAAUCAUAUUCAAAAAAUCCAUUACUUUCAUCCACUUUAAGUUUUUUUAUUGCUCGAAGACAAUAUCCAAUGUUGGGAAUUUGGGUGGUUUUUGAUGACCUAAAUUUUCACAAUUGGGACCAUACAUAACUCGCUGAUUAAUUUACUAUUUUUUUCAUUAUGUAACAUGAAAGCGAAAAGUAUUAAAAAAUGAAAGCAUUUUCAUUGUUUUUGAAAAAGAAUCCUCACUAAAAUCGAAUAUUCAAUAACGAAUAAAAGGGCAUGAUAGAUGAGAAUAAAUAAUUUAAAAAAAAUCAUGUACAAUUUAUCAUCAACAUUACUCUUAUAACCCUCAAAAUUUAACACAAAUAAACUAUUAUGAAAAUAUUUAAAAAAAAUUAAAGAAAUCAACAAGCAUAAAUUUUAUUUCUUAUCAUUUUACAAUAAUCAAUCAACUACAUACAUAUGAUAGAAUAUCGAUGAAUGGAUGAGUGGCUUUUUUUAAUGUGCUCAGAAUUAUUAAUAUUGAAUGUGUUUUGAAAAACAAACAGAAAAGUAGAAAAGAUCGUCUCAUUAGUUUGUUCAUUUUUCUAGUCUAUUAUUCAAGGCUUGUUCACUUAAUGAGUGAGUAAAAAAUUAUAUGUGCUAUACACUUUGACAGCAUUUUAUGGAAUUGACAAAAUAAAGCUUUCGACCACUUUAACAUCGUAAAUUGCUGUUCGAGUUUACACAAUUUUUUUUACCUUUUCUUAAGUCGCGAUGCCUUGAAAUUUCUUCUUAGUCGACUAUUUUCUAUUGUCUUUAACAACUAAAUCUAUAUUGUCUAUUAUUAUAUUCAGAAAAAUUCCAUUGAAUUCAGUGUAUACUCACUGUUUAAAAAAGCUUUCCCUUCUAUUUAAUCCGAACAAAAAAGGCAUUGAUCUUUUUACUAAAAGAAAAACUAAAAGGUUAUUAAUAUAAAUGGCAAAGGAUUGAAUUUAAAAAAAUUCUUUUAAAUUUUUAAGGUAUACAAAAAUGUUUUAAAGUGUAGAUGAUUGGAUUUCGAAAAUUAAUGGCAUAAGGUAUGGUACAAUUUUGUUCUAUUUUUAAUUUUUGAAUGUAUUUGAGAACUUCCUUCAUCCCUAAUAAAGUUUAAUUUAAGACAGGAUUGAAUAGAACUUAAUUAAUGAAAAUUAACCAUUAAUAAAUUCUAAUUCUGUCAAAUAUUUUCCUUGAUUUUGAAUUAUUGAUAAAAUCCUUACAGAACUAAGAGUAGUAGUACUUUUAGUAAUUCUACUCAACCCAAAAAAAUAACUUAAUCUAUUAGAAGGCUUUCAUAAAAAGUAUGUGAUAUUUAAAGGAAAAAGAAAUUUCAAUAAAACUAUUUGUUUGUGUAUUUAAAAGUUGUGCUUAGUAACCCAAAUAUAUACAAUGUGAUAUCAAAAACCGAUUGUUACGAAUUUUAAUUAAUGUCAUUUUCGAAGUUAUAUCAUCUACAGAAGAUGUUUAAUGGAUAAAAACCAGAAAUCAACCCGAAAACUUAAAAGUUUAAUUUUAGUACAUUUUAAAUUCAUGAAUACUAGUUUUUGACUGUUUUUGCCUAAGUUAACACAGCAAACAUAAGUAACACAACCAUCACGAAUUAAUCAUCUUAAUCUACCUGUUAGUAUUCUAUAUACAAUCUUGUUUCCUACAUCAUGGACUUUCAUAAUUACACAAAUGAUUAAUGACUCUAAAAGCGCCCAAAUAAAAAAAAAACCUAAACAAAAUUGGCAAACUAGUUACAUUGUUAUGUAUUUAAAAAUAGACCACAAAAUAUAAAAAGUAAGAGAAAAAAAAAUAAAUGAAAGUGAGAACAAAGCUAAUCCACAUUUAUUAUGUAACAUAUUUAAACAGAAAAAAUGGCGAGAUCAUAACAACAAAAAUGAUGAGAAGAUAAUUAAAAUAAUGAAAUAAUAAAUCCCUAUAUUCUAAUAGCAAAGUGACGAUAACAUUAAUUCCAUUCUUAUUCCAUUUUUUGAAUUUGUUGAAGAAAAUAAAAUCGUAUCUAAAUUUGAUUGGUAGAAAUUAUUGAACAUGUAUGUUGGAGAAGACGAUUGUGUGUAUGGAUUUUUUGCAAUAUGCACUGUAUAUUACAAUAAACAAAAAUAAAUAAUUAAACAUGUUGAGUUUAAGCUUUGCAAAAAAAGACAAAAUUAAUAAUAAAUAAAAAUAAUAAUUAAAAUAAUGAUAACGUAAAUUAUGAGAAAUUAAUAAGAUAACUAUUAAUUGAUUAUUAUUUAUUACAUAUAUAUUAUUAUUACGAUCAAUAAAAUUCAGACGAAAAAAAAACUAUAAUUCAGUCAAAUGAUGUGAAAGAUUAUUAAGAACUUAAUCAAAUCAUAAUGAUGAUGAUAAAGAUAUGAUAGAUAGUUUUUAGUUACACCUUAAAAGAUUGUUUAUUAAAUGUUAAAUAAA